UGCUGGGGUGACCCUGGAGGUCUCUCAGGGUCAUCCUGCCCACCUCAUUUUACCUUCAUCACCUGUGUAAAGACCCCAUCUCCAAAUCCAGCCACAUUCUGAGGUCCUGGGGGUCAGGACUUCAGCAAGUAAAUCUGGGGGACAUAAUUCAGCCUAUAACAGGCAUUUUUCUGCAAAGAGUGAGACUGUGAAACCAUGUGUUUUACUGGGAACAUUUCAGGUGCUGAUUGGGUCAGUGCGGCUGAUUUGCAUUGUCAUGGAGACAGAAGGCCAUUUCUGACCACUCACCUGAGUCUGUGCUCAGGGAAAGCAGCUACUGUGCACGGUAACUUUCCGCCCUGUAUCUGUCCCCGUGGAUGCACGUUCACAUGAAGUGUGUCUUGGUGCUGAGGACACUCUAUGAGAAACGGGAAUCAUCUGUGAAACUGAUCUUUUUUCCUGUAAAUUCAAAGUGAGCGUGUUUUACCUUCUCAGCCAGGGCCCCUCUGCCUGGCCUCAGCAACCUUGCUGUGUCUUGCUGGAUUUGUGGAAGUCAGGCUGGGUCACCACCGGCCCCGCCGGCCACUCCUGAGCACGGUGCCGGGGCUGCCGCACCCUAAGGUGAACAGGAUGCUUGUGUCCAUGUCUGAGUCCAGGGCCAUCACCCCAUGCUGCGCAGCUGCCCGAUGGGUGUGCGCCUCGGUCACGGGCCUCCAAGCAUGGGGUCAGGUUUAAGCCAGUGCCCUCCACGGGUCAGCUAGGCUCUGACAUGGGAGCCUGAGGGGGUCACACCUGCUGGAUGCUGGAGGGUGGCUUACCCUGCCAGGCCAGAGAGAUUCCUGACCAGACACUCAUAGCAGUGGGUCGUCAGUAAAAUAUACAGGGCCCGAGGGGCCGGCCAGAGCUGUCGGUGGAUUAGUUCUCGCUGGAGGUCUCGCUGUCCACACUGGGCACUGGAGGGAAGCCCCACUUCCCACAGGGAGGGCAGGCUCUUGUGCUGCCCACGUCAGCCGGUGCCACACACAGACUGGGGCCCAUGGUCAGCUGGGAGCAGGGCCUGGCCUUGAGGUGCUGCGUCCACACAGAAGCCCUUUGUAAGGAGUGAAGACCCAGGAAGGGCGAGACUGCAUGUUCACUCCAGGUCCGAGGGCAGGAGGGCAGUGCGGAAAGGCUCUGAGGGCAGUGCUAUGCCUGGGAGAUCAGGACGCACCUCUCCUCCAGGCAUGGGGAGGACCCCUUCCCUGGGGGUCAGACCCCUUUGUCUGGUAACAUCACUGUGCCAAGGUCGUACUUGGGUGGCAGGUCCUGACCCCCUCGCACUUCUGUCGUGUCUGGUUCCUGGUUCCACGGCCCCGCUGCCCUUUGCGAGGUGACCUCUCUCAGGACAAAUGUGCACGCACAGGGAUCUCCAGUGUCUCUCUGGGAAAGCUGAACUCUCACAAUGUUUCAGAAAAAACAACAAAGCCAGGAGCAGCCGUGGUGCCUGCUGGGAUGGAGGUGCUGGGGGUGGUGACUCAGCACGCGGGGUGACUGCGUGGCCAGCGGGGAUCCAGGACCCCUUCGUGGGAGGGGCUGCCGUGCAGACUCACGUGUGGUCCUUUGCAAGAAAGAAGGGAAUCUGGCUACGUCCAUGUGGGAAACCUGGGGGCGCACUGCUGUGUCCGAGAUGCCGCCCCCAGUCUGAGCGGGAUAAGAUUCCAUUCUCUUUACCCUCCAGAGUUAGUUUAUCUCCCAGGUGGGCCUCCCAGGACAGCUCGAGGUCUUGAGACCCAGCUAGGGCUACAUGGAAAAGACGCAGACGCAGGAGCCGUGGGGGGUCAGCCCGUGCCCUACCUCCUGCUUCUGGCCCCGCGCACACACUGCCCUCACCGCACACUUGGGCUGGGCCUCCUUCCUGAUGGGGAGGAGACACUUGGUGAUGUCAGGGGACAUGUCUGUUUAUCACAGCGGGGGAGGGGGAGCUGCUGGCUUCUGCGUCCAGCCCGUCCCCUCCAGGGCUCCAACUCUCCAUGGAUCUCCAGCCUCCAUCUCUGAACAGGAACUGAUACCCAAGACAGUGGUCCGGUGUGGUCCCGUGUGCUCCUGUGCGUUCUUUGUGGUCCUGUGCGGCCCCUCAUCGUCCAGCUCUGUAGACAGAACCCAGCACGUCCUCUCUGCCCUGGCCCUGCUGUUGGUGCCUCUUGUGUCCAGUGCUGUGGGCCCAGCUGCUGGACAAAGAAACUGGUUCCCCAAGGCCUGCUUAGCGCCCAGACGAUCAGACGGCCUGCCCAGGCCUGGGCAGGGGUGCUCAUCAGAUGCCUCCCCCGGACAUGCGGGGCUGCUCAUGCCUGUAAGUUUCACGUUGGUGCCAAACCAUGAGCCGUCCUGGACACGGGGGAGGCCUGAGCGGACCUUGGAGGGCGGACGUUGGGGUCUUUUCUACUGUCUGUAGGGGAGGGUCCCACCCUGUCGUGCACAGGUCAGCACUGACAGUGGGAGAGAACGGCCACCAGGGUGAUGUCAGAAGCACUGUGGCCGGAGUGCAGGCCACAUGGUCAGACCGCUGGUCAUGCUGCUGGGAGCUCUCAGGUCCCAGGGCCUGUGACCCCCAACCCGCUGGCUUCCCGCCCCUGAGGGCCGUCCACAUCCCUGCAGUCUCCCCCGGUAACGCCCCCAUCUGUUCCCCCGUCCGUCUGUGAGCCGUGUCCAGAAACCCCGGUGCUAUGUCUGUCUCCAGCUGAGCCUGUGGCUGAAAAUCCUUAAAUUCUUUAUUUGAAAAUACAAACGUGAUCUCAUAAAACAUUUUUAAACUGCUCUGCACAACAAAUAAAAGUUAACUUUACAUACUU